ACAGUAUUAUUCAGUUUGAAUUAAUUCGUAAUCAUGGAACGUUGGUCAAAUCGUGUUGCUUUAGUUACCGGAGCCAGUAGUGGAAUUGGUGCAGCUAUUGCCAAAGAUUUGGUUUUAGCUGGAGUAAAAGUCGUUGCUCUAGGUCGUCGAUUGGAACGUAUUGAAAAAAAUCAUUCUGAACUACCUGAUAACGUGAAAUCUCAAUUUUAUCCUCGAAAGUGUGAUGUUACGAAUAAAGACGAUGUUGCUGCCACAUUUGAAUGGAUAGAAAGUACCCUUGGAGGCACUGAUAUUUUAGUUAAUAAUGCUGGAAUAAGUAAACGUGGACAAAAUCUUUUGGAUAUGGAUCUUGAGAAAGUCGAUGAUGUUAUCAACACAAAUAUGAGAGGUCUUGUUUAUUGUAGUCAGGCGGCUUUUAAAAGCAUGAAGGCUCGCAAUUUUGAUGGACACAUAGUCCAUAUUAACAGUAUUUAUGGACAUAAAGUGCCAUUUAGAACUGCAGGACAGAGUUCGAACAUUUAUUCGCCAACAAAACAUGCUGUAACGGCAAUUACUGAAGUGAUGAGAAAUGAAUUGAUUAAUUUUGAAACUAAAAUUAAGAUUACUAGUAUUAGCCCUGGAUUAGUUAGAACAGAAAUCAUUCCAGAUGAAGUAUUUGAGAAGAUUGGAUGCUAUUUAAACCCGUCUGAUAUAUCGCAAGCUGUUUUAUUUGCUAUUGGAACACCACCACAUGUUCAAAUUCAUGAAAUGACUGUGAAGCCAGUUGGUGAAUUUAUUUAGAAUACUUAAGUUACUGUAUUGGGAUUUUUAA